CGACGAACUUCGCGCGACAAGCAUGGACGGUAUAGCCGAAAGCAACACUGGAUCGUCACGAGGAGGACGACAACGACGGCGCAACAACCGUCGCAGUGGACGUGGAGGCAGUCGUCAAGGAAAGGGUGACGAAGAAGGAGGCGGCAACGUGGCGCCAGCGUUGGUCCCCGCAGAAAGUACAAUCCCCCUCCUUCCCCAUCAACGUCCGAAAAGCAUUGCCGCGCCGUUGACAUCCGCUGUUACGUCGUUGUCCUUGGAGACAGUGACAACACUCUUGGUGAACAAUCCAUCCCUUGUGAAUCUCGUGGAUCAUAAAGGAGAAACGGCAUUGACCACGGUGUGCGGCCUCAGGAAGGUUCACUCGGCUGAAGCGCAUACGGCCAUCGUUCAAGCUUUGUUUGCGCAUGGAGCGCUCCUGUCGGUGAAGAACAGGCAAGGACGCGCGGCGUUUACGUUGGCAUGUUGUCGGCAUCAUGUCCACCUCCUCCCCUUUCUGCUUCAAGAAGCUGUCAAGCAAGAGCAAGUGAACCCGUACGAGACGGUGCCGGCAUUGCUGUUGGCGACGCUGGGUGGAUUGGACAACCGCAUCAUGGAUUCUGAUCGCGGGCGAUGGGACGCCAUUGUCCAAAUCGACCCUGAACAGUGCUUUCAAACCGUCGAAUUUCUCUUGGAACAGACCAAGUUGCUCCAAAAUGGAGUCGCGUUCGUAAAACACGCGUGCCAAUCGCUCAAUGCGCGCGGCCUCACGCCCCUGCACCUGGCAGCAGGACUGUUUCAACCCAAAACGGUCGCGUACUUGCUGGACAACAACGGCGACCCUCACGUCCACGAGGACAAUGCGCUGACCCCUGUCCAGUUUCUCGACGUGUGCUUCUGCCAAAUCGAGUCGUUCCUGGUUGACACGUCUGCAUCAGACAGCCAUCCAUUGUCUGCUCCCAAUCAUCCACGCGGCAAUACCAGACGUGGGCGAGGGAAACGGUCGCAUGUCGUGUCGGCGGAUGGCACCAGUGUGCAGACCCGUGCGUUGGAGACGCUCCUAACAUUUGCCCGACAUUGUGGGAUUGAGCCGCUGUUUAUGAACAACGGGUGCUUUUCGCUCCGGUGUCGCCGCCUGAAAAAUGCUGUCGUCGCGCAUUUGGGUCUGGCCUCCAUCUUGGAAACGACGUGUGGCGCGCGCGAGACCAUGGGCGACGCCAAGUUGGUCUUGCUGGACUACGUUGCUGGCUUGUACCGGGCAAUGCAGAAGAAUCCUGACUUGCGGGCGUAUUGGGAUGCGGCCAUUCGCCGCCCAGACAUCGCCACCGACACAGCAUCCAGUGCAAUAAAGUAUCCCUUCACUGACAAAACGCUAAGGUGGCUCGUGAAGGGGUUGACGGAGGGUCAUCCAAACCCGCGAUUUCUGUCCACAUGGGCCUACAUCAUCGCCGAUGUGUUGAAAUUAUACGCGCCUGGUUCUGGAGGCCAACUGAACAAUGUCGAAGACUUGACUGCAAUCACGACGUCCAUGGCUCGUUCAGUCAAGCGGUUGAUGUUCAACUUGUGCGACGCGGACACGGCGGACGAUGAAGUCGAGAUCAAGUUGUUGCUUUCGAAACUUGAAAUGCUCAUGUUGUGGCUUGUGCCGUACGUGACGUCGUUGCCUGACGAGGUCGACCCCGUCCACGAUGUGCUCAAGGUGGUCACGGAACCCUUGGUGGAGUUGAAGUUCCUCGUGCACUUAGCGUUGCAGACCAUUUCUGGCGAAGUGUACGCCCCCGAUCGGUUUGCCGCGACACUGCAUGUGUUGCAACUCGUGGCCCAGCUUGAAGCGUGCUUUGAAUCGGAUCAACUCCCCCGGUUGGUUCGCAUGUUCAAAGCCCAAGUGGAAAAACCCCACGCACAUACGUGGCGAGACUCGGACCAGUCCAAAGUUCCCGUGAGCCUUAACCUUGUGUCGGCUGCGUUUGGGUUGCCCGCGUCGUUUGUCCAGUGGAUGCAGCCACUGCGAACGAACGUGAACGAUUUGAUUCGCUCGGAAGUGCGAUUGCUUCCAGAGUAUUUUCAAGAAUGGACGACCCACGCGAGCUUUAUCACGACGGAAAACAAAUUGGAGUACAUUGAAACGGUCGCGGAGGAGCGCCCAGGGCAUUUUCAACUGACGAUCAAUCGGCAAGUAUCGCCAGAGUGUUUUCUGGACUUUGUCAUUCAACAGGUGCUAUGUACAUCCAUUCGAAACUUGACGGGUGAAAUGGAAAUCAAAUUCUUGAACGAACCAGCGAUUGGCGUUGGUCCCCUUCGUGAGUUCUUUGAGCUCGUGGGGAAGCACUUUUUCAACCCAAACCUGUCGAUGUCGUUGGAUCCACACACCGACCACGUUGUGGCGUCGACCAGUGCGAAAUCCAUUUUCAGCCAAUGGCUGCACUUGGCCAGGCAUAACAUUUCAACGACGCUGCAGCUGCCAUCGGCCAAGGAUUUAAAGGCGGACGCCAAGAUAACCCACUCGUCGGCGCUGUGGCUGCCCAUUUUCGCCUUCACGGACGCGAGCCAGAGCUUGUUGUGCCUUCAUAACCACCCCCUGUCUGUGGUAUGCGCUCCAACCAAAGACGACAAUGGAGUUGUUCACACGCAAUUUGACCACAUCGUGGAAAACGUCGAGCUUGGCAAGGUGUAUCGUUGCGCCGGGCGAUUGACGGGGCUGGCCUUGCGACACCAAGCUCCGUUAGGGGUACAUCUGCCCGAGGCAUUUUGGAAACUGGUGCGGGGCACGGACAAGCUGACGUGGCAAGACUACACGUCCCACAGCCCCCAGUUCCAGUCGAGUUUGGCUGCGGUUCUCGACCACGAUUUCGGCACGGAUGACAAUAAUGAUGCGUGGGAAUUGUACUUUGAAUCGUGUGGUGCUGUCACAGUCGUCGGCACUGCGGACGAGGACGGCACGACCCACCACUACCCGUCGACAGAAAUCGAGUUGCAAGUCGGCGGCAAAUCCAUUCGCGUCACGAACGACAACAAAGCGCGCUACGUCCAGCUGCGUGCCGAGCGGUUCUUUUGCAAUCAAAUGACACACAUGCAGGCGUUUCAAAAGGUACAACGAAGGCGAUCGAGUAUAUGUUGGUGUUCUCAUUAUGGUUGAUCAAUGACAGGGAAUGUUGGAUGUGAUUUACAAGCGCGAUUUGUUGUGGCUGAGUGCCACAGAGUUGCAAGGCGUGGCCCGGGGUGCGGUGACUGUUGAUGUGAAGGCGCUACAAGAGCACAUACACUACGUCCGACCUGCGCAUGCCGAACACCCGACCAUUGUGCGCUUUUGGCAGGCGGUGCAUGAAAUGGACCAGCCCAUGCUACGUCAAUUGCUUACGUUUUGGUCGGGCUCGUCACUGCCGCCGUUGUUUGGCUAUGACGCGAUGGGGGGAACUUGGUCGAUUAAGCUGACAACGCGAGAUCAUUCCGAGCACUGGCCAUGUCCACAAGCUGUGACGUGCGACCACCAAUUGAUGUUGCCCGAGUACCCGACAAAGGAGAUUUUGAUUGAAAAGAUCACAGUGGCGCUGACGUAUGGGGCGUUUGGAUUUGAUCGCGUGUAACUUAAAGCGAAUGGCUUUCACUCUGAGAAAAACACCAGCGUCAACUCAUUCUCGGUUCGAAAUGGUGUUGCCGAGAUGCAUUCUGUGUUGCAAGUUGGGUCUCAUCCUACACUCCUCAUGGGUAUCCUGUCACUGCCCUAAUAAUAUGACCCCCCUGGGGCGUAUUCCCAGGCAAAGUCACGAUCCAGCAUUGUUGAAGUGUUUGUUCAUUAAUAGCUCGCUAUUACUCGACCGUGUCGGUGGGUGGCGGCAGGGGCACUGCUCCUGGUAGCUGAAAGGACGAAGUAGUUGCCUGAAGGGGGGCAUCGACCGGCGGCGCAUACCGUCGCUGGGGCAGCGCUUGGUAGUCGUCUCCGUGUACCAUGGAGUGAAAGAAUAAGUAGAUCAACUUGAGUGGGGAUAGGAUCAACGCAAACGCAGCCCCCGCCCACGCAAUGAGCGUCGCCCAAACUGACGUUAGCAUGGACGGUGUCGGCGUGGAAUUGGACGAAGCUAUGGCGGCAUGCAAUGGAGUCCCGGCAUCCUUCUUCGUGCCUACCAACUGCACAACGGUGCCUGGCCACACGUCACCCUUUUUGAUGAUCUUGCCUUGAUGAAUCAAGCGAGCAUGGUCGCUAAGGCACUCGUAACAUUUCUAUGCCCAUGACGAGAUUGGACGUACAGGUAAAACAACGAUGCCAGCUUGCUGGUCGGAUCGUCUACGCUCCAAAUGCUCACGUAUAAGAUGUACGUGACGUUGCAAAAUUUGACGCUGCAUGGCUUUUCGCGCUGCGCUUCGUUCCCGAAUGCGUCCAUCUGUCGCACAAUUUUGAUAUGUGCUUGACACACGCUGCAUCUGUUCUUGUUGUGGCCAAGGUACCGGCACGCGCAGGAGACGCAGAACACGUGGCCACAGUCUGUCACGCACUGGUCUGGUCUCCCAUCCACUGUCACUUCGCACAGCGCACAGCGCGAAAGAAGAGUUGCUGUCGCCUCCGACAUGUAUAUCGGCA